GUGACGUAACCGGAGCGGGGGACGGGUUCACUGAGGACGGGCAUGACAACCAUAUAUAUAACCCGAUCAGUCAUCAGUGACCACCUUAUAUCUGACAUGCGACGGUGUCCAUAACGCGCAAAGACCGGUGGGACCCCGGGCUCACAAAGCGCUGGCCAAGGGGGGGAUGCUUCGGGACUUACGGGACGGCGUCUGGCAGAAGAUCACAAAGCGACGGGAUGGUGAAGAUGGGAGAAGCAGCGCAGCCCGUGCGGGGGGCGCCGGGGCGAAGUUAAGUGUGCAGUUUACUGACGGACCGCUUCAGGGAGUGAGUGCGCAGGUCCCCGCAUCUUCGGGACUGGGGGAGUGGCAGCCUUGGAUACAGUCGGACAUGCCCUGAAAGAGGACUGAUGCCACCUCGGACAUCCACGGCAACUUUCCACUGUGUCGUUCGCCCCUGAGACGCGCACCAGUCUUCAGCCAGCCGAGAGAACCGGAGGCGUCGACGCCCGUGUAAAGCCACAAGGCUUGUCCCGGGGAGACGCUGUAUGGACAAAUCAUGGAUGUGUCCCGAUCUGGGUGAACGAACAGAUCAUGGAUGUGUUCCGAUCCCGCUGAAGUCCAGGGCGCUCCGGCUCCGCGGCACCAUGCAGCUCCUCCGGCUCGCCUGUAUCUUGGCCGGAGCGGCGAUCUGCUCCCUCCUUAUUUUUCUGAUCCACACGCAGCUACUAACAGAAGGUCAGCUGGCGGCCGGGACGUGCGAGAUCGUCACGCUGGACCGGGACAGCAGCCAGCCACGGCGGACCAUUGCCAGGCAGACGGCACGCUGUGCCUGCAGAAAGGGCCAGAUCGCCGGCACAACGAGGGCUAGGCCCGCCUGCGUGGAAGCCCGCAUCGUAAGGACCAAGCAGUGGUGUGACAUGCUGCCGUGCUUGGAGGAGGAGGGCUGUGCUCUGCUGGUGAACAGGUCGGGCUGGACCUGCACGCAACCUGGAGGCCGAGUGAAAACCACCACGGUCUCCUGACGACAGUAGAGCCAAGGGGUUCCUGGGGGCUUUGUGGGGGGUGCUGGAACUCUGUGAGCACCUGCCCGUAGUCAGUCUUCACCCUGUGGAUCCAUUUUCAUGGUUGACUCUUACGUCCGUCUGUCUGCGUCACAAACGGGCAGCGACUCCCCCCAUGCCGAGACAGAGCUGUGACCAGCUCCCGCCCGGGACCUCCCUCAGACGGCUGGAGAUCAAGUCAGAGGAACAGUUUACUUUCAGCGUUCCCCUUCCAGCGUGAUGGAAAAGCCCCAGAACUAGACCAUGAACUGUGACGGCUAGUUCUGAGCUGGAAAAUGGACCUUCGUUCUUCUGAAGGAGGCAUCUAUGAAAAUGUUUUCACUGACCAAAGAAACAAUGUCACAGGCGAAUGUGAUGGAGCAGGUAUCAAGCUGAUGGAUUCUGGGAGCAGGAGCACAGCACCCCCGCGGCAGAGAUCACGCUGCCAUUAAAGGAGGACCUUUAACUCGCUUCUUGGACUGAGCUUGCCUCUGUUUCCAGAGGUUCUGAUUCAAACGUACAUCUCAUUCAGAUUUGCAUCUUUCACUAGCUGUAUUUCGACAAAACUGCCCAUAAGCACGGUCGUUUACAGUAAAAGAGCAAAGCAUUUAUCACCGAAGAGAAUAGUGGUAUCAGUUUGGGGGGGAAAAAAUCAUUAAAUGUAUUUUGAAAAGCUGAAAGUUAUAUAUUUAACAGUUUUAUAUGUUGUAUCUUUGUAGAAGACCUUAUUUAACACAUAUUGUGGUCCUGGUACCAUCAGAGACACCUUAAGGGUCAGCUCUCCGGGCCACAGAUUAAGUGACUCUUAGGUCCCCUGAGAUGCUUUAUACAUGAAUGCAGCCUUCACGAGCCACGGGUUCGAGGCGAGGACGACAGCAGAAAGCUCAUCUAAGAUAACAGAGCCUUUCUUCAUCACCGGUACCUGUUCGCUAUUGUACUGUAUAGUAAUGUGAAAUAUCAGAUUAAUUUCUCCUUUA